AUAAAACAAUAAAUUAAAGAGUAGAUGAAAACCACAAUUCUGUUCAGCAAAUAAUAGCAAGCUACGUUAAUAAGAAAAACACUCUCCAAAUAUGAACAAAAGAACAAGAAUAACAGAUCCCAAGAGCGGCUUCAACCGCGUUUCCAGAACCUUCCACAGCCUCAAACCACCAUUCCCCCUCCCUUCGCCCAAUGCUGCCGUCUCCGCCGUAUCAUACGCCCUCUCCCUCCGCCGUAACUCGCCGUUUCCAGACUCUGUCACUGCCAUCGUAGACGCCGCCACCGGCCGUAGUAUAUCCUACGAAGAACUCAUCCACCGUGCCGAAACCCUAGCCGCAAACCUCGCCACAGUUCUCAAACUCUCCAAAGGAGACGUCGCGUUCGUUCUCUCCCCAAACCUUAUCCAAGUUCCCAUCCUUUACUUCGCGCUCCUCUCCCUCGGCGUCAUCGUCUCCCCCGCGAAUCCUCUCUCCACGCGCUCCGAUCUCACGCACCUCUUCCACCUCAGCAAACCCACAAUCGUCUUCACAGCGACUUCAAUCGCGGAGCGCGAUUUUGGUGUCCGUACGGCCCUCCUCGACUCCCCCGAGUUCGACUCUCUCACUCGGACGAAGAUUCACAAUCCGAGUCCACUGGCAUCCCCUACGCGAGUGACUCAAUCUGACGUGGCAGCGAUUCUGUACUCCUCGGGGACGACGGGGAUGGUAAAGGGCGUGAUGCUCACGCACCGUAACUUAACAGCGUUAGCCGGGGGAUUCCACGCCGUUGGAGUGAAGAGAAAGGAGCCCGCGGUGUUCUUGUUCACGAUGCCGUUUUUCCACGUGUUCGGCUUCGCCUACAGCUUCAAGGCGAUGGUUCUGUCGGAGACGGUGGUGAUAAUGGAGAGAUUCAGUUUGAGGAGAAUGCUGAGCGCCGUUUCGAGGUUCCGGGUUACAAAUCUUGUGGUGGUGCCGUCGCUGUUGGUAGCUUUGACGAAGGAUAGUGUCACCCACGAGUACGAUUUGAGGACGUUAGAGGGGAUUGCAUGCGGCUCCGCUCCACUUGGAAAGGAAACCGCCGAGGCUUUCAAAGCCAAGUUCCCCAAUGUCGCAGUUCUCCAGGGAUAUGGUUUAACCGAAGCAGGUGGUGGGGUUGCCAGAACCUUUGUUGAAGAUGCUAAGCAAGUAGAAACAACAGGGAAACUGCUAUCGAGGGUGGAAGCCAAAAUUGUGAAUCCAGACACAGGAGAAGCCAUGUUUCCAGGUGAACAGGGAGAACUCUGGCUCAAAUCACCAACUAUUAUGAAAGGUUAUGUUAACGAGCCAGAAGCAACCUCAGCAACUUUGGUGAAUGGAUGGUUAAGGACUGGAGACCUUUGUUAUUUCGAUAAUGAUGGUUUGUUGUAUGUUGUUGAUAGGUUAAAGGAGUUGAUCAAAUACAAGGGCUACCAGGUUGCUCCAGCGGAGCUAGAAAAAUGGCUCCUGUCUCACCCAGACAUAAAUGAUGCUGCAGUUAUUCCAUACCCCGAUGAAGAAGCAGGGCAAGUUCCCAUGGCGAUCGUGGUAAGACAACCCCAAAGUUCCCUCACUGAAGCAGAAAUAAUCGAUUUUGUCGCCAAACAGGUUGCACCAUACAAGAAAAUAAGGCGCGUAGCAUUUGUGGACGCAAUACCGAAGAAUGCCUUGGGAAAGAUACUGAGGAGUGACUUGAAAAAACUUGCACCUUCUAGAUUAUAAUGCUUCAAUAACAAAAAACAAAAUAUUUUAACAG